AUGAAACUCAUGUGCAGUAAGUCAAGGAUUCUACCAAAAAAGAAGGGAAAGACAAAGUCGAUUACAACGCCGAGAGCCGAGCUCCUCGCUGCUCUGCUCUUAUCUCGAGAAGUGACUAAGGUAAUUAAAUCAGUUGACGUCAGCUUCGACCAUGUGAUACUAUGGAGCGAUUCACAAAUAGUGCUUUGUUGGAUUCGCAAACCACCGGCAGUCCUGCAGUUGUACGUUUCGAAUAGGGUGACCGAGAUACAGAAACUUACCAACAAGUUCCAUUGGCGAUAUAUUCCUACGAACGAUAACCCCGCCGACCUAAUAUCGAGAGAUGUGCUGAGUGAAGACGUUGUGCUGGUUGCACAGCCGCCUCCACUACAUGAUGAAGACCUUCCGGAAGUACGAACAUGUCUUGCGCUUAACACAUCACCAAGAAGAUUGGAUAUAUUCAACCGAAUCGGCACGUUCAGUCGGUUACAGCGAAGUAUGAGCCUGGUGGUUCGAUUUGCACACUGUGUUAUCUCCGGAAGAAAGGUGUUGAAGAAAGGUCCACCGACAGUCAAUGAAUUUGAUCAAGCAUUAAAACUGAUAGUGCACUUCGUGCAAGAGGAAGCGUUCCAGCCGGAAUUGUGCGCAUUAAAGGAGGGCAGUACACAUCGCCUACGAAAUCUGAACCCGUUUGUUGAUCCAAUCGACGGAACUCUGCGAGUUGGUGACCGUGUGAAGAAGGCCUUUAUUCCAUACGAUAGUCGCCAUCAAAUGUUGCUACCAGCGAAACAUCCUGUGACUGAACUACUGAUCCGUCAUGAACACCAGAACAACCUCCACGCAGGGCAAAGGACUUUGCUUGCAAUUGUGCGCCAACGGUUUUGGCCAUUACAGGUGAAGAACACUAUACGAAAAGUAAUAAGACAGUGUAUCAUAUGCUUCCGAGCAAACCCGUUAAAGACAACGCAAUUGAUGGGUGAUCUUCCAUCGUAUCGAGUGCAACCAUCACCCGCUUUCUUCCACACUGGCGUGGAUUAUGCCGGUCCAUUUUCAAUUAAAUCACUAACCCAAGCACGUAAGCCGAUGAUUACUAAAGGAUACGUAUGUCUUUUUGUAUGCCUUAGUACACGUGCCAUCCAUCUCGAGCUUGUAUCGAGUCUGACCACCGAUGCCUUUAUCGCGACUUUAAGGCGCUUCACGGGACGACGAGGACCCGUCAGUAAGAUUUUCUCAGACAACGCGACGAACUUUGUCGGUGCUGAAGCCGAGUUAGAGCGUUUGAGUAAACUAUUUGCAGCAGAACAGCACGUCAAGCAGCUGACAGAGUUUUGUCGAAGUCAAUCGAUUACCUGGAGCUUCAUUCACCCGAGAAGUCCCCAUUUUGGUGGGAUUUGGGAAUCUGGUGUAAGAUCAGUCAAAUACCAUCUGAAAAGAGUGGUUGGCAAUCAACAACUGACUUUCGAGGAGAUGAGCACAGUGUUGGUUCAGAUCGAGUCGGUACUCAAUUCACGUCCGCUAACACCAUGCUCUGAUGAUCCCAACGAUUUAACUGCCGUAACACCUGCACAUUUUCUAGUUGGGCGCCAGAUGCAGUCCAUCCCUGAACCGUCGUACCCCAAUCUGAAACUUUCAACACUGUCACGGUGGCAAUUAGUGCAGGUCAUCCUACAACACUUUUGGAAAAGAUGGCUCGCCGAGUAUUUGCCAGAGAUGCAGAAACGCCAGAAGUGGUUUAAAAUCACCAAAAUUCAACCAGGAGCUCUAGUACUAAUCAACGACCCCAGUCAAUUUUUCGUCUCUCAGGAUCCAGCGGUUAUUCUGCUAUUGAAACAUUGA